GCUUCUGCUGCUGCUGCUGCCGCCCGGCGCUCCGCUCGUGUCAGCAGGGACGGGACGCGCGGCGAGAGCAGAGCGAAGGCGGGGAAGGGCAGGGAAGGAAGGGGUGUCCCCUCCUCACUGAAGGAAUCCGCACCGGUGCGAAGUUAUCGCCCAGAGACGGUGAGAGGCGCUCGGGCUGCUCAACCUGCCGCCGCUGCUGAUCCAUCUUGGUUUUCACUGCCUACCACAGUAAGAAUUCCCUCUCACCUGAUGAGCUAAAGACACGACCCCUAAGGACUGCCAGACUGAGCACUGCCUGGUGACAGUGACUGACCCCAGACAGAAGAGUGGCUCUCCUGGGAGCGCCGUGCCUGGCUCAGAACCAUGGACAUAAAGGACAGGAGGCACCGCUCGCUGACGCGGGGCCGCUGCGGGAAGCAGUGCCGCUACACCAGCUCCUCCCUGGACAGCGAGGACUGCAGGGUGCCCACCCAGAAGUCCUACAGCUCCAGUGAGACUCUGAAGGCCUAUGACCACGACACCAGGAUGCACUAUGGAAAUCGAGUGUCCGACCUGGUGCACAGGGAGUCGGAUGAGUUUCCAAGACAAGGAACAAACUUCACCCUGGCAGAACUGGGGAUCUGCGAGCCGUCUCCGCACCGGAGCGGGUACUGCUCGGACAUAGGGAUCCUGCACCAGGGCUAUUCCCUGAGCACAGGCUCCGACAACGACUCGGACACGGAGGGAGGGAUGUCCCCGGAGCACGCCAUCAGGCUCUGGGGCAGAGGCAUCAAAUCCAGGAGGAGCUCUGGCCUGUCGAGCCGGGAGAACUCGGCUCUCACGCUCACCGACUCCGACAACGAGAACAAGUCAGACGAGGAGAACGGUCGUCCCAUUCCACCUACAUCCUCGUCCAGCCUUCUCCCAUCUGCUCAGCUGCCCAGUUCUCAUAAUCCUCCACCAGUUAGCUGCCAGAUGCCAUUGCUAGACAGCAACACGUCCCAUCAAAUCAUGGACACCAACCCUGACGAGGAGUUCUCUCCUAAUUCAUAUCUGCUGCGAGCGUGUUCAGGGCCACAGCAGGCUUCCAGCAGUGGCCCUUCAAAUCAUCACAGCCAAUCAACGCUGAGGCCACCUCUCCCUCCUCCUCACAACCAUUCCCUGUCCCAUCACCAUUCCUCUGCCAACUCCCUCAACAGGAACUCGCUCACCAAUCGCCGCAACCAGAUCCACGCGCCCGCUCCGGCACCCAACGACCUGGCCACCACCCCCGAGUCCGUGCAGCUCCAGGACAGCUGGGUGCUCAACAGCAACGUCCCUCUCGAGACCAGGCAUUUCUUGUUUAAGACAUCUUCUGGAACUACUCCUCUGUUCAGCAGUUCUUCCCCUGGUUACCCGCUGACCUCAGGAACAGUUUACACUCCACCUCCCAGACUGUUACCUAGAAAUACAUUCUCCAGGAAUGCAUUCAAGCUGAAAAAGCCCUCCAAGUACUGUAGCUGGAAAUGUGCUGCUUUAUCUGCAAUUGCUGCUGCAGUCCUGCUUGCCAUCUUGCUAGCAUAUUUCAUAGGACCAUGGGUCACUAGGAAUAGCAGCAUAGAUAGUGGAGAAACAGAAGUUGGCCACAGGGUCACCCAGGAGGUGCCCCCCGGAGUUUUUUGGAGGUCUCAGAUCCAUAUCAGCCAGCCACAGUUCCUGAAGUUCAACAUAUCCUUAGGGAAGGAUGCUCUUUUUGGUGUUUAUAUAAGAAGAGGACUCCCACCAUCACAUGCCCAGUAUGAUUUCAUGGAACGUUUGGAUGGCAAAGAGAAGUGGAGCGUGGUGGAGUCCCCGCGGGAGCGCCGCAGCGUCCAGACGCUGGUUCAGAACGAGGCCGUGUUCGUGCAGUACCUGGACGUGGGCUUGUGGCACCUGGCCUUCUACAACGACGGCAAGGACAAAGAGGUGGUCUCCUUCAGCACGGUCAUUCUGGACUCAGUGCAAGACUGCCCACGCCAUUGCCAUGGGAAUGGCGAGUGUGUCUCAGGUGUCUGCCACUGUUUUCCAGGAUUUCAUGGAGCAGAUUGUGCUAAAGCUGCCUGCCCCGUUCUGUGCAGUGGCAAUGGUCAGUACUCCAAAGGCACCUGCUUGUGCUACAGUGGCUGGAAAGGUCCAGAAUGUGACGUGCCCAUCAGCCAGUGCAUUGACCCUUCAUGUGGAGGUCAUGGCUCCUGCAUCGAAGGGAACUGUGUCUGUUCUGUGGGCUAUAAAGGAGAAAACUGUGAGGAAGUGGACUGCCUGGACCCGACGUGCUCCAACCACGGGGUGUGUGUGAACGGGGAGUGCCUGUGCAGCCCGGGCUGGGGAGGCGCGAGCUGCGAGCUGCCCCGCGCGCAGUGCCCCGAGCAGUGCAGCGGGCACGGCUCCUACCUGCCCGACACGGGGCUCUGCAGCUGUGACCCCAACUGGAUGGGCCCCGACUGCUCCGUUGAAGUGUGCUCCGUGGACUGUGGCACCCACGGCGUGUGCAUCGGCGGGGCCUGUCGCUGCGAGGAGGGCUGGACAGGAGCGGGCUGUGACCAGCGUGUGUGCCACCCCCGCUGCACGGAGCACGGGACUUGUAAAGAUGGGAAGUGUGAAUGCAGAGAGGGCUGGAAUGGGGAGCACUGCACCAUUGGUAGGCAAACGACAGGCACCGAAACAGAUGGCUGCCCGGACCUGUGCAAUGGCAACGGGAGGUGCACGCUGGGCCAGAACAGCUGGCAGUGCGUCUGCCAGAGCGGCUGGAGGGGGCCGGGAUGCAGCGUCGCCAUGGAAACCGCCUGUGCCGACAGCAAGGAUAACGAGGGAGAUGGCCUGGUGGACUGCCUGGACCCCGACUGCUGCCUGCAGGCCACCUGCCAGAACAGCCUGUUGUGCCGGGGCUCGCGGGACCCGCUGGACAUCAUCCAGCAGAGCCACGCCGGGGCCGCCGCCGUCCGGUCCUUCUACGACCGCAUCAAGCUGCUCGUGGGGAAGGACAGCACCCACAUCAUCCCUGGGGAGAACCCCUUCAACAGCAGUCUUGUGUCUCUCAUAAGAGGCCAAGUGGUGACUACAGAUGGGACUCCUCUGGUUGGGGUCAACGUGUCGUUUGUCAAGUAUCCAAAGUACGGCUACACCAUCACUCGCCAGGAUGGCACGUUUGACUUGGUUGCAAAUGGUGGAGCAUCCCUGACUCUGCACUUUGAACGGGCCCCAUUUAUGAGCCAGGAAAGGACAGUGUGGCUGCCGUGGAACAGCUUCUAUGCCAUGGACACACUUGUGAUGAAGACAGAGGAGAACUCCAUUCCCAGCUGUGAUCUCAGUGGCUUUGUCCGUCCUGACCCAGUCAUCAUUUCCUCACCACUUUCAACUUUCUUUAGUGACGCUCCCAGCCGCAAUCCCAUUGUGCCAGAAACCCAGGUUCUUCAUGAAGAAAUUGAGAUCCCUGGCUCUAGUAUAAAGCUCAGCUACCUGAGCUCCCGCACUGCUGGAUACAAAUCCUUGCUGAAGAUCAUCAUGACUCAGACACUUGUGCCACUCAAUCUGAUCAAAGUUCAUUUGAUGGUAGCAGUAGAAGGACAUUUGUUCCAAAAAUCAUUUCAGGCAUCUCCCAACUUGGCAUAUACAUUUAUCUGGGACAAAACAGAUGCCUAUGGUCAGAAGGUUUAUGGGUUGUCAGAUGCUGUAGUGUCUGUGGGGUUUGAAUAUGAGACUUGCCCCAGUCUCAUUUUAUGGGAGAAGAGGACAGCACUGCUGCAAGGAUUUGAACUGGAUCCCUCAAACUUAGGAGGAUGGUCUCUGGAUAAACAUCAUGUCCUUAAUGUCAAGAGUGGUAUAUUGCACAAAGGCAACGGAGAAAAUCAGUUUCUCACUCAGCAGCCAGCUGUGAUAACCAGCAUUAUGGGGAACGGGCGCCGCAGAAGCAUAUCCUGUCCCAGCUGCAAUGGCCUGGCAGAAGGAAAUAAGCUCUUGGCCCCUGUGGCACUGGCAGUGGGUAUUGAUGGAAGUCUCUUUGUUGGGGAUUUUAACUAUAUCCGGCGUAUCUUCCCCUCCAGGAAUGUCACGAGCAUACUGGAGCUGAGAAAUAAAGAGUUUAAACAUAGCAACAAUCCUGCUCAUAAAUACUAUCUGGCCGUGGACCCUGUUUCAGGCUCCCUCUACGUGUCGGACACCAAUAGCCGACGGAUUUACAAAGUCAAGUCCCUCACGGGCACGAAGGACCUUGCUGGUAACUCUGAAGUGGUGGCAGGGACAGGAGAGCAGUGCCUGCCCUUUGACGAAGCCAGAUGUGGGGAUGGAGGGAAGGCAGUGGACGCAACCCUAAUGAGCCCGCGAGGAAUUGCAGUGGAUAAGUAUGGACUCAUGUAUUUUGUUGAUGCCACUAUGAUUAGAAAAGUGGAUCAGAAUGGAAUUAUAUCGACCCUGCUGGGCUCCAAUGACCUCACUGCUGUUCGACCUCUCAGCUGUGAUUCCAGCAUGGAUGUCACCCAGGUACGGCUGGAGUGGCCUACUGAUCUCGCUGUCAAUCCCAUGGACAACUCCCUUUAUGUCCUAGAGAACAAUGUUAUUUUACGGAUCACAGAAAACCAUCAAGUUAGCAUUAUUGCUGGACGCCCCAUGCACUGCCAGGUUCCUGGUAUAGACUACUCUCUUAGCAAACUGGCUAUUCAUUCUGCACUUGAAUCAGCCAGUGCCAUUGCCAUCUCACACACAGGAGUUCUUUACAUCAGUGAGACAGAUGAAAAAAAAAUUAAUCGGCUACGCCAGGUAACUACCAAUGGAGAAAUAUGCCUUCUUGCAGGGGCAGCUUCAGACUGUGAUUGCAAAAAUGAUGUCAACUGUAAUUGCUAUGCUGGGGAUGAUGGGUAUGCCACUGAUGCCAUCUUAAAUUCACCAUCUUCCUUAGCUGUGGCCCCAGAUGGUACCAUCUACAUAGCUGAUCUCGGAAAUAUCCGCAUUAGGGCUGUCAGUAAAAACAGGCCCGUUCUUAAUUCCUUUAACCAAUAUGAAGCUGCAUCUCCAGGAGAACAGGAGCUGUAUGUCUUCAAUGCUGAUGGGAUUCACCAGUACACUCUGAGCCUCGUUACUGGGGAGUACUUGUACAAUUUCACCUAUAGCAGCGACAACGAUGUCACGGAGGUGAUGGACAACAAUGGCAACUCCUUGAAGGUGCGCCGGGACGCCAGCGGGAUGCCCCGCCACUUACUGAUGCCGGACAAUCAGAUUGUCACGCUGGCUGUUGGCACUAAUGGUGGACUCAAGCUGGUCUCAACACAGACCCUGGAGCUCGGAUUAAUGACAUAUAAUGGAAACAGUGGUCUCUUAGCAACGAAGAGUGAUGAAACAGGAUGGACAACGUUUUAUGACUAUGAUCAUGAAGGGCGUCUGACCAAUGUAACACGUCCCACUGGAGUGGUAACUAGCCUUCAUCGAGAAAUGGAAAAGUCCAUUACCAUCGACAUUGAGAAUUCUAAUCGGGAUGACGAUGUCACGGUCAUCACAAAUCUCUCCUCUGUGGAGGCUUCCUAUACAGUUGUUCAAGAUCAAGUGAGGAACAGCUACCAGCUCUGUAAUAAUGGUACUUUGAGAGUGAUGUAUGCCAAUGGCAUGAGCAUUAGCUUUCACAGCGAGCCUCAUGUCCUGGCUGGGACUGUGACUCCCACCAUAGGACGAUGUAAUAUUUCUCUACCCAUGGAAAAUGGUUUAAACUCAAUUGAAUGGCGCCUGAGGAAGGAGCAGAUUAAAGGCAAAGUGACGGUGUUUGGAAGAAAGCUCAGGGUGCACGGCAGGAACUUGCUGUCCAUCGACUACAACCGCAACAUCCGCACUGAGAAGAUCUACGACGACCACCGCAAGUUCACGCUGCGCAUCAUCUACGACCAGCUGGGCCGGCCCUUCCUCUGGCUGCCCAGCAGCGGCCUGGCCGCUGUCAACGUCUCCUAUUUCCUCAACGGGCGCCUGGCAGGGCUGCAGCGCGGGGCCAUGAGCGAGAGGACGGACAUCGACAAGCAGGGCAGGAUCGUGUCGCGCAUGUUCGCCGACGGCAAAGUGUGGAGCUACACCUACCUGGAAAACUCGAUGGUGCUGCUGCUGCAGAGCCAGCGCCAGUACAUCUUCGAGUACGACUCCUCGGACCGCCUGCACGCCGUCACCAUGCCCAGCGUGGCUCGGCACAGCAUGUCCACUCACACCUCUGUGGGCUACAUCAGGAACAUCUACAACCCCCCUGAAAGCAACGCCUCCGUCAUUUUUGAUUACAGCGAUGACGGGAGGAUUCUGAAAACAUCGUUUUUAGGGACCGGCCGACAAGUCUUCUACAAGUAUGGAAAGCUAUCCAAGCUGUCUGAAAUUGUUUAUGACAGCACGGCAGUUACUUUUGGAUAUGACGAAACUACAGGUGUCCUAAAAAUGGUGAAUUUGCAAAGUGGAGGGUUUUCUUGUACGAUUCGCUAUCGGAAAAUUGGUCCUCUUGUUGACAAACAAAUCUACAGGUUUUCUGAAGAGGGAAUGGUCAAUGCAAGGUUUGAUUAUACAUAUCAUGACAACAGCUUCCGAAUCGCGAGCAUCAAACCCAUCAUAAGUGAGACGCCUCUUCCAGUUGACCUUUACCGUUACGAUGAGAUUUCUGGCAAAGUAGAGCAUUUUGGCAAAUUUGGAGUUAUUUAUUAUGAUAUUAACCAAAUUAUCACCACAGCAGUUAUGACGCUGAGCAAGCACUUUGACACCCACGGGCGCAUUAAGGAAGUGCAGUACGAAAUGUUCCGGUCCCUGAUGUACUGGAUGACCGUGCAGUACGACAGCAUGGGGAGGGUGACCAAAAGAGAGCUCAAACUUGGUCCCUACGCCAACACUACCAAGUACACCUAUGAUUACGAUGGAGAUGGGCAACUGCAGAGCGUGGCAGUCAAUGACAGGCCCACCUGGCGCUACAGCUACGACCUGAACGGGAACCUCCACCUCCUGAAUCCUGGAAACAGCGUCCGACUGAUGCCGCUGCGCUACGACCUCAGGGACAGGAUCACGCGCCUGGGUGACAUCCCCUACAAGAUCGAUGACGACGGGUUCCUGUGGCAGCGGGGUGCAGAUGUGUUUGAGUACAACUCCAAAGGGCUCCUGACCAGAGCUUACAACAAAGCAAAUGGGUGGAGUGUUCAGUACCGCUACGACGGACUGGGCCGAAGGGCUUCCUGCAAGACCAACCUGGGGCAUCAUCUACAGUACUUUUAUGCUGAUCUUCACAAUCCAACAAGGGUAACUCAUGUCUACAAUCAUUCCAACUCCGAAAUUACCUCUUUGUACUAUGAUCUGCAAGGCCACCUCUUUGCAAUGGAGAGCAGCAGUGGGGAAGAGUAUUAUGUGGCCUCUGAUAACACAGGCACUCCACUAGCUGUGUUCAGCAUCAAUGGCCUCAUGAUCAAGCAGCUCCAGUACACGGCCUAUGGGGAGAUCUAUUAUGACUCUAACCCAGAUUUCCAGCUGGUCAUUGGGUUCCAUGGAGGGCUGUAUGAUCCUUUAACCAAACUCGUGCAUUUUACCCAAAGGGACUACGAUGUCCUGGCUGGGCGCUGGACAUCUCCUGAUUACACCAUGUGGAAAAAUAUUGGCAAAGAACCCGCUCCUUUCAAUCUGUACAUGUUCAAGAGUAACAACCCUCUCAGCAAUGAACUGGAUCUAAAGAAUUAUGUAACAGAUGUCAAGAGCUGGUUGGUGAUGUUUGGAUUUCAGCUUAGCAACAUCAUUCCUGGUUUCCCUAGAGCAAAAAUGUACUUUGUGUCACCACCAUAUGAGCUGUCUGAGAGUCAAGCGUGUGAAAAUGGACAGCUAAUUACAGGAGUGCAGCAGACGACAGAACGACACAACCAGGCUUUCAUGGCUCUGGAGGGACAGGUCAUAUCUAAAAGAUUACAUGCCAAAAUCAGAGAAAAAGCAGGCCACUGGUUUGCCACAAGCACUCCCAUCGUGGGGAAAGGAGUCAUGUUUGCCGUGAAGGAAGGCCGUGUAACCACUGGUGUUUCCAGCAUCGCCACAGACGACAGCAGGAAAAUCGCCUCCGUCCUGAACGGCGCUCACUACCUGGAGAAGAUGCACUACAGCAUCGAGGGCAAGGACACCCACUACUUCGUGAAGGUCGGCUCGGCCGACAGCGACCUGGUCACCCUGGCCAUGACCAGCGGGAGGAAGGUCCUGGACAGCGGCAUCAACGUCACCGUCUCGCAGCCCACGCUCCUCGUCAGCGGCAGGACUCGAAGGUUUACCAAUGUUGAGUUUCAGUACUCCACCCUGCUGAUCAACAUCCGCUACGGACUGACCACCGACGCGCUGGACGAGGAGAAGGCCAGGGUGUUGGACCAGGCUCGGCAGCGGGCCCUGGCCGCCGCCUGGGCCAAGGAGCAGCAGAAGGCGCGGGACGGACGCGAGGGCAGCCGCGUAUGGACAGACGGAGAGAGGCAGCAGCUCCUCAGCACGGGAAGGGUUCAAGGUUACGAGGGAUAUUAUGUCCUGCCCGUGGAGCAGUACCCAGAGCUAGCAGACAGUAGCAGCAACAUCCAGUUUUUAAGACAGAAUGAAAUGGGAAAGAGGUAACAAAUUAACCUGCUGUCAUCCUUUGCUGGAUGAAUCAGUAGUCAUAACUGUUAUCUCCUCUCCUAAGGAGAUGAAGACCUAAAUGGGGGCACUAGGCUGAGCUACUCUGGGAUAGUAAGUGGCAAAAAAGCUCAUAUUUUUUGAGUUAAAUGCUACUGUUCAAGUGAUUAAAAACCACAUCCUGAAGUGGACUAAAGCCAGACUGAAAACUCUUAACCGUACAAAUUAAAAAGUACCCCUGAAAUAUUACCCACUUGUUCUGGGUCUAAAGAAAAACAAAAAGAAGGCCUCGUAUUGUAUUACCUCACUCCAUUCACACGUGAGCAAACUAAGAAAUCCAAGUGGGCCACUUUCACUAACCAGCUGAUGAAACACAGAUGAUUCAGACUGCUUGUUUGAUAAAUAUCCAAGAGGUUUUCAUUUAAAGCAAAAUACAGAUGCAUUUAAAACAUGACUUUGGGGUGAUUUGUGUGUAGCGAAUGGAGGACAAAUGAAAUGCAAGUGAGAGCGCACUGGAAAUAGGAAAGGAAAAUAUAUUUAAAAGUAACAAAACCACACUUGCACUCUGACCCUCCACUUGUCUGGCCUGAAGCUUAACUUAUUCAAAGAGGGCAGAGUGUAAAGUUACAUUCAAAAUGGUGGCUAUAAAUCACUACAGAUAAAAAAAAUUCAUACUCUGUUUGUCUUUGAAGAUUUCCAUUGUGGACAGUAUAACACAGUUACAGGGUGUAGUCUGUUUAGAUUCAGUAGUUUGUUGGUAUCAGUUCCAGUAGAGCUGUGGGCAUUGUGUUACACUAUUGCAAAUGGGCACCACAUCAGAUCACCCUGUACAUACAUCAGCCAGAAGGCACAAUCACUGUUUCAGAUUUAAAAAUUAUUAGUGUGUUUGUUUGGUCGAGAAACUGAGACAAUCACAUUACGGUCACCACAAAAAAAAAACAAAAAAAGGAAAAAAAAAAGUCUAAUAAGAACUUUGGUACAAGAACUUUUUUGUAAUAUACAUGUAUGAAUUGUUCAUUGAGUUUUUAUAUUAAUUUUAAUUUGCUGCUAAGCAAAGACUAGAGACAGGCAAAGAUAAUUUAUGGCAAAGUGUUUAAAUUGUUUAUACAUAAAUAAAGUCUCUAAAACUCCUGUGAA